AUGGAUACCUCAGGACUAUCGCCGUUGGCGGAUUUGGACUCUAGUUCCGGCGGAUCGGACGGCGUCGGAGGAUUUAAUCACAAUCAGGCGAUCUACAUGAAUCAAAAUGUUUACCGAGACACCGGAAACCCCAUAAAGACGCUGUUUUUCUCCGAAAAGCUGCAAGAGUUCACCGACAAGGAGCCGUACCAGCACGAACGGAAGCAGUACCAUCAUGAGCCGACCGACUACCAUCACCAUCAGAUGAAGUCUGGACCUCCGACGCAAUCGGUGCAGCAUCCAUCCGACGUUAUCUACUAUGCAAAUAAACCUAUAAGUGAAGCAUCCUCUGGUCCCGGUGGAGUGCUGGUGAACGGAGUGGAGAACGGAGGGGAAGCGAAUCAGGUGAACCAGUCCGGACAGUCUGGCAACCUGUUGAUCGUUCCGAAUCCCGUCGGAGCUGGAGUUCACAAUGCGUCGGUGGGACAGUGUGGAGUGCGGGAAAACAACAACAGCGCCUACCUUCAGUCACUCCAUACUUCGGCAGGGACGCCACAGCAAGGACACCUAUCCGCUCCUCUCCCCACGGUUCACCCUCUCGGUCCAUCGAAUGGCGUCGGUGAGAAUCUCGAUCGGAAGUGCUUCAGCUUUAGCGCGGAACAGAUCCAGUGUAUGUGCGAGGCGCUACAGCAAGAAGGCGACCUCGAGAAGCUGGCCACCUUCUUGUGGAGUCUAUCGCCGAGCGAUUUGAUCAGUGGCAACGAAAGUUUGCUGAGGGCGCGAGCCCUAGUCGCCUACCACCGGGGACUCUACCAUGAGCUGUACGGCGUGCUGGAGUCGCACUUCUUCGCCCCGAAGUACCACGCGGACCUGCAGGCCCUCUGGUUUAAGGCACACUACCGGGAAGCGGAGAAGGUACGCGGCCGGCCACUCGGGGCGGUCGAUAAGUAUCGGCUGCGCAAGAAGUACCCGCUGCCGAAGACGAUCUGGGACGGCGAGGAGACGGUGUACUGCUUCAAGGAGAAGAGCCGGAACGCGCUGAAGGAUUGCUACACGCGCAACCGCUACCCGACGCCGGACGAGAAGAAGACGCUGGCGAAGAAGACGGGCCUCACGCUGACCCAAGUGUCCAACUGGUUCAAGAACCGUCGCCAGCGGGACCGGACGCCGCAGAACCGACCAGAUCUGAUGAUGUCGGUGCUACCGGUCAGCCCGGACCAGAUGGACGGCGGCUAUCAGCGGCUGUUUAAUGUGGCCAAUUACGGGCCCGCGCACGGUUAUCACGCAAAUGAUAUGUACGCGGUGCAGUAGUGUGGUAGCAAACGUAGGAUGCAGAAGCCCGGCGAUGCCUGAAGACCUUUCCCGGAGGCGUUCGCGUGCGCCGUUUAAAGACGGGAAGCAAAACGACCCUUUGGCAUCGCUGGUCCUUCGGACUGAAGCGUUCCGCCGUGUUUGUGAUAGGUUGUAAUUUGUUUUCAAAGCGGCCCUGUUUCGUUCUUUCCCGAACCGGACCACUUGUGGUGACGUUGGUUGGUUUCGCUGUAAAUAGCUGGAUCAGAAUGGAUUUUACGUAACCGUCAAUCGAAACCUGACAAAACUGUUGUAAAUAGUAAAAUAUACACGUACAAAUGUACAAUCUUCUACCACCAGACAAACGCAAUGCCAGUGAAAUGUAAAUUGUACUCAUAAUGGUUAGGAUUUUGGACGAGUGAAAUUAAAAUGAUCAACAUGGAUUUUCUGUUGAACCUGUGUAAAGUA